ACUGGCGAGAGCGCAACUGGAGGAGCGCCAGAGACCUAUGCAGACACGCCGCCGUCAUUCCGUUUUCCAGAUGGUUCCAAGACUCUCGCCACCGCGGAAUGGUGCCGCGUGCUCGUUCAGUCGCUGGAUGCUGCUCGCCCACGUCCUGUGGGCCUGCGUCGAGGGGGCUCCGCUGAUCGCCUCCCCGCACGGUCGACGAGCCGUCUCGGACUGCCUGCGCGCCGCAGAGAAGCUGAGCACGGACGCUGAAACCCACCUCCAGAAAUACAUAACGGAGGUGCUGCAAUGCAGAGAAACCGACUGCGAGGAGAAGUUCUUUAUGGAGUUGCCGGAGGAACUGCCGACACAGAUCGACCACUGCGCGAUCAGGAGACAGGGGUGGAGUUUUGACCGGUGCUUCGGGAGCAUCGCGCACAACCUCCGCAUCUACGAGACCUACUUGGUGUCUCUACGCGACAGAUCCGCGACUGACACUGACAUUCUGGUGACGGGCAUUCGAGAAAUGCUGAACCUCAUCUCUGCUGCGGAGGUGGAUGUUUCCGAUAAUCUGGUCGUUGAGCCCAUUUCUCCCGACGUGGCGAGCAAGAUUUACUCCAGCGAUUGGCAAACGCGACAGGCCAGCUUCCAGAUCCUGCACAUGUUUCAGCACAUGGCAUCCGUGGUGGCCCGUAGCCUGCAUGUGCUGAACAAAAAGGCGAACCCACAGUGAGAUCCUCGUCCUUCCAUCUAUACCUCUGUCUACAGCUUCGUUGUCCUUCCUUUGGUAGUCGUGUGACCUUGAGCAGUGAAACUUGAAUUUCUUUGAAAGUGACGAGACGAGCACAAUUAUUUGGCAGUUGUUACCAGAAAUUGACACCGGCGGUGCUCACAAUCACGAGCAAUUAUGACAACCCUGGUUACAGCCGUGUAGCGUGGAGUGACACAAUGUUGCCUCGCCAAUGAAAACAAUACAUUCUUGAUAGGUGUGUUGAUGAACAAUUACUGGUCUACAUAGCAUACAACGUUGGCAUACUGGCGAAUGACACUGCCUUAAAAGAACAACUAUUGAACAGGUAUUUACAUUUUGAGCAAUGGCCCUGCUUUGGAGGACUAAGAUGGUCACAUGACCUUCAGCCUCUGAUCUGACUGCAGGCUUUAUUUAUUUAUUUAACUGUGGGCUAGCUCCCCGAUAUUAUUAAAAAAAUCAACGAAAUAUUGCACGUAAUAAAAAGUUUACUGUGAGAAUGUAAUUUAUUCCAAAGUAUUGGUAUUUUCUAUAUAUUUAUUAUAUUGUCAUUAGGCUAGUCUAGCAAAUAUUCUAUUACGAUAAUAUGAAUUCCACUGUCAGUUAGUGUGGUGUGAGGGUGGAUUAUUUAUUGGUGGAAGAUGUGGAUUAACACUGACACCGUGGGUGUAUGGUCUGUCCUGAUGUUGUUCUGUGCUAACACACAAUAGAUCUGCCUUGGCAAACUAGCCGGAUAACUGGCUAAAUGGGACUUUCCAUGUAAACAGUAAACAUUUGCUGUACAGGGACUCCUCUACUUACGAAUACUCGACUUACGAACUUUCAGAGAUACAAACAAACCUGUCCGUAUGUCCAGUUGCCCAUUCGGACCGAGAGUUGUAAGUUCAACCGCCGUGCGUUAGAUGGCGGUUGUGGCAUCUGCAUAUGAAGAACAAAUGGCAUCUACAUCUACAGGAGAUUAUGCGACUUUUAAAGCCAUUCCCAGUUUUUAGUGUACAUGUUCAAAAUCGACAGAAGUAAAGUUGGACCUACGAACACAUCGAUUUACGAACAGACCUCCGGAAUCGAAUUCGUUCGUAAGUAGAGGAGUCCCUGCGUUCUCAAAAUAUUGUAGGUUAGGCCACGCCCCCUCUCCGAUGUUGGGAGGGGCGUGGCUUCCUGACAAAUUUGUUUCAUUAACCGCUGUGUAUUUAUAUAACAUAUUUAUAUAUUUUUUACAAUUGAGAACCAAGGCUCCAGUGAAGGUUAAGAACCACUGGUACAGAGUAUUAUAGAAUGUUGUCGUAGGAUAUUUUAUACGUGACAUUGCGUGUUAUGGUACGAUGUUUUUUGUUCUAAAAAUACAUCAUUGCAUCAAGAUGGGUGUAUGCUUGACUACAAUGUGAGAUUAUGAUUAUCCAUUUGAAUAAUUUAUAUAUAAACAAAGACGUUUGCUUUAAGCUGGAAAAACCCGAUUAGCUAUGAACGCCUUGACUACGGGUGUCCAGCCUCUCAAGCUGGAGUGGGCAAUGAUGGGACAUUUACAGAGGAAGUUACAUUAAGGUAGAUGCUUAAACAAUCAUAUAUGAUUGAAAGUUUUCGUGACUGCAGGGAUUCAUAUUAUUGGUUCUUUCGGUAAAGUCACGUAGAAGGGAAACAAUAAAAUAAUAAAAAUAUAUAAUACAAUUCUCACGACGUUUCGACUGCAACACAAGCAAUCAUCAUCAGCUGUGAAACCACAGCAUUUUAUUGUAUUAAAUUUGUAUUAUUUUAUUGUUUCCUUUCUACGUGACUUUACCGAAAGAACCAAGAAUAACAAAAAUAACAGCUAUGUUUAAAAAAAAAGUAUGUAUACAAAGACAGGAUAAAUUACACUUAUAGACUGACAGUUGCCAAUUCAUAGAUGCGAAUCACAUUCGAUUGUAUGGCUGUGGUGAACACGAAGCGUGAGUUUAAGAGCAUUCCUUGGUGGUUAAUUGGCCAAUUUGAAAAGAAGACAAUGGUGGUACUGUACUUGAGGUUGUAAAUGUGAUGUGGAUUUUUUGUUAUUGUCGUAUUUUAAUAUGUAUUUGCUUAUUUAUUUAUGUAACUAUUGGUCUGUUUAUUUUUCCUCGGCAGCGUGUCUUAUUUUCACUACUGCGAUAGUGUUAAAUUAUUAACAAGGUGUUGACGUUUGCUGUAAAACGUGGGCAAUUUGCAAUGUCAUGCUGUAUGCAAUCAAUAAAUUUUUUAUUGAAGCAAA